UAUUACCAUCACCAUCGCCAUUCAAUUGAACCAUCUUAUAAUACUAAUGUCGCGCCCUGCCACCAUUUUCACUGGCCUCUUGGUCUCAGGAGCUAUUCUCUAUCACUUCAGAGCAGAGCUUUCAUCAGACAUGCGUCAAGUUAGAAAUCAGUUGAGCGAUGUCCAAAAUCGUCUUGCUGGAUCUAUUCCUGGGAGCAAGAUCGGCAAUGUUCUCACAUCACAUCCUACAGCAUCAAUCCUCGAGAAACCAAAAGAGAUGUUGGAUGAGUCGACAGCAUAUAUCCAGAAACGCAUUUUGCCCACAGUCAAGGAUACCUGGAACUCACAUGUGAUUGGACUUGCAAACAAUAUCAAUGAAUUAGAUGCUGAGAAGAUUCAAAAGAUGGCGAAGGAGGUUAAGGACAAGUGGCUGUAA